GGCUUGCAGAGGUUUCGGAUGAGACAUAACGCGAAAGGGAGAUUGCUCAGCUUUUCUAUCUGCUCUUUGAGUCGAGCCCAUCAACUUUCAGAGCUUGAAUACAACACGGAUUCCAUUGGCACACUCCCCCCUUGCGCACUGGCCUAUGGUCUAUUCGAACGAGAACUCUGACCUAUCCCGAUCUCGACAUCCAGCAGACAUCGCGACGUCAAACAUCCCUUAUGCCAAUCACACCGAGCGACGCGAUCCCGAGACGCAUAAGAAACUGAUUGGCGAGCGGAUACAGCGUGAACGGCCCUGCCGGACUCUGUUUGUGAGGAACGUCAGCUAUGAAGCCAACACUCCGGAAGUCUUGAGGUCUUUCGAGGCAUUUGGCGAGAUCAAGAGCCAUUUCGAUCUGGUUCGAAAUCGAGGCAUGGUAUUCUUGACAUAUUAUGAUUCCCGUGCUGCAGAGCGUGCCAAAGACGCGAUGCACUCGACUUUGGUGAUGAACCGGCCGAUCGAUGUGCACUACAGUCUACCUCGAGCCGACGAGACUUCGGGAGCAUGCGAUCGUGAAAAGAAUCAAGGAACCCUCUUGAUUAGCCUUGUGAACGAGAGAGAAGCGAAUCCGGUGCAGGUACGCAGGAUGUUCUCGACCUUUGGCACGAUCAAGGAUCUCAGACCAGGUCAAGUACGGGGCACAGCAUAUGUCGAAUUUUUCGACAGCCGGGCCGCUGUCUCUGCUCAUGAUGCAUUGCAAAAUGAGCCUCUUGACGGUUCCCGCUUGCGAAUAAAGUUCGAAUGGGAUCAAGGGGAAGACGCCAAGGUUGAUCAUGCCGGGCCAAAGAAUCCCGGUGAGAGACGCAUUAGCGGUAGUCUUGCAGGAACCAAUACUGCCAAUGCGAACUAUAACCGACCCGCACCGUAUCCUGACCGACCAAAACCAGGCGAUGCCAAGAAAGCGGAUGGUUCAGCAGACCGUUUACAAGACGCCAGAAAGAUUCAAGAUUUGCUCGCCAGUUUGGGAUCUCUGCCGCCAUCUAAUAAUGUCUCUGCGCCUCAAGCGGUUCCUUCAGCUUCCGCGCCUGCUCCUAGAGCUAGCCCGUUUGUCCCACCGAAUCUACCAAAUUACAUGGGCAAUCGCGUAAACGUACCUCCGGCGCUGCCGCAGAUGCGGAUGCCGGAUCAAAGAUCGCUUCCUCCCCGGCCGCCGCCUGUGUUCAAUGCGAAUGCGCACCAGCCAUCGCCCCAACCGCCGCCUGCCGCACCGGUAAUAUCACCGAGCGUAUUUGCUGCGCUUCAGCAAUUCAACGCUUCUGGUACUGCAUCAGCACCUCAGCAGGCGGGGCCCUCCUCAAUACCGAGCAUGCCCCAAACGGCCUUUCGACCCCCAAACCUUCCGCUUUUAUAUCCUGCACAGGCUCCCGCUCCGCCUACACCGUCCAAUACCGCCGGCGAUACUACGCAAGCAAUGACGCAGUUAUUAGCAUUGUUGGUUGCGCAACAGCAAAAGUAGGGAGACACACGGAGUGUGCUUGUAUUGUGCCAUCAGUAGAACACGCCAUUCGCCUGCUCACGAGGGCUCGCUAUGUCACCUCGACUAGGAAC